AUGCCCAUCGCUCGCAGGGACCAUAGUUCUCUCCAGUUUCCCUGCGGUUACUUACACUGCGCACAUCAUUUCAAGUCUCAGGGAGGGCGCAAAAAACACUGGAACACCUCACACUCAAUAUUCGGACCAGCUCCUGCUACCACCAGCGUCUCGCACACCACUACAGUUGAAGAGCAGCCUGAAGUACUGGAUGGCCACUUCUCAGCAGGUCAUGACAACAUCUCUGCAGGCGGUGACAAUUUUCCUGCGGGUACAUCUGACCCAAGUCAGGCACUUAAUGAGCCUGACAUUCCAGAUAAUUUGAACGCAGAAUUUUUUGGGCCGGGUGAUAGAUUAUACCGCAACUAUCACCCAAAACUAAAUGCUCGUCCUUGCGACGUGACAGGACGAUUCCUUGCAGAUGGAGCGCCCCCGACACCACCUCCAAUCAAGUCACCCGAUGACUGGGCUCCAUAUCGAAAUCGUGUCGAGUUCGAGACUGCAGAAUUUCUGUACACGCGCAACCAAAUGUCUGCCGGAGACAUCAAUAUCUUAUUGGAUCUUUGGGCUGCAACCCUCCUCAAAUACAACGACAAACCUCCGUUUGCGGACCACCGUGAUUUGUAUAAAACUAUUGACGCUACGCCAGUGGGUGAUGUCAAAUGGCAAUCCCUCAAGGUCCAGUACACUGGGGAGAAGCCCGAAACCAAUGUACUACCCUGGAUGGACCAAUCUCACGAUGUCUGGUACCGAGACCCCCAUGAGGUUAUUCAGAACAUGUUGGGGAAUUCGGACUACGCUACAGAGAUGGAUUAUCGGCCCUACCGUGAGUAUUUGACUGAUGGCGAUGAACGCCAAUGGCAGGACUUCAUGUCUGGUGACUGGGCAUGGAACCAAGCGGAAACUAUUUCUGAAGAUCCGGAUACACUCGGCUCAACGUUUGUGCCGGUUAUACUCGGAAGCGACAAGACAACAGUCUCAGUGGCGACUGGUGCCAACGAUUACUAUCCCUUGUAUGUAUCAAUCGGGAACGUUCGUAAUAAUGUCCGACGUGCACAUCGUGAUGCCGUUGCCAUUAUUGGCUUCCUCGCUAUGCCAAAAACUACAGAGGAGCACGCAAAAGACUCAAAAUUUCGGAAAUUCCGUCGGCAACUGUUUCAUUCGUCUGUCGCCAAGAUUCUCGAGAACUUAAGGCCUGGUAUGACCACACCAGAGGUUGUACGCUUCGGUGACGGCCACUAUCGGCGUGUAAUUUAUGGCCUUGGACCAUACAUUGCAGAUUACGAGGAGCAGGUUCUACUAGCGUGCAUAGUGCGCAAUUGGUGUCCGAGGUGUAUGUCACAUCCUGACAGUUUAGACACGAAGUCACUGUGUCGUCGACGUGACCAUACAGAAGCGUUAGUUGAAGAGGCAACCUAUGGUGCUUUGUGGAUGGAGUAUGGGAUUGUUGGUGACCUUGUUCCGUUCACAAACGAUUUUCCACGCGGCGAUAUUCACGAACUUAUCGCGCCGGAUAUCCUGCAUCAACUGAUUAAGGGAACCUUCAAGGAUCACCUAGUCAAGUGGGUUGGACAGUAUCUGCAACAUGUCCAUGAAGGUCGGGGAUUCAAACAAUGGACGGGCGAUGAUUCAAAAGCCCUCAUGAAGGUCUAUUUACCUGCCAUCGAAGGUCACGUCCCAACAGAUGUGGUGCGCAUGUUUCGCGCAUUUCUCGAAUUUUGCUAUCUCGUACGGCGCAACAUCAUUACAGAAUCUACUUUAGGUCAAAUUCAGGAGGCUCUUGACCGAUUCCAUCAUUACAGGGAGAUAUUUGAAUCUACGGGUGUUGUCUUCACGUUCUCUCUCCCUCGGCAACACUCUUGUUCCCACUAUGUCCUCCUUAUCCAACUUUUUGGUGCGCCCAAUGGCCUUUGCUCCUCGAUCACCGAGACGAAACACAUCAAAGCUGUCAAGGAGCCAUGGAGGCGCUCGAGUCGCUACAAAGCCCUUGGUCAGAUGCUGGUGACAAACCAGCGCCUCGAUAAGCUCGCAGCAGCACGCAUUGAUUUCAAGAACCGCGGAAUGUUAAACGGCACCUGUCUGUCUGCCACACUCAAGGCAUUAAGUAACUAUCUCAUAUUUUACAGUGAACACUCUUCUAAUAGAAUCGCAGAACGCAAACGCGCACACACUAUACCCGAGCUAUCCACGGAACUCUCUAUCCCCAAUCUCUACAAUGUCCUCCGCCGCUUCCUAUUCGAACAAGUGUACCCAGACGACCAGCACCCUCCCUCUGAAAUCCCGCUUUCGAGAUGUCCUCGAUUUGAUGGGAACAUCCAAGUCUUUAAUUCUGCAUCUUCGACAUUCUAUGCGCCCAGCGACCGCAGUGGAAUUGGCGGUAUGCGCCGUGAGCAUAUUCGUGCCUGUCCUAUUUGGAGAAACGAGGCGCCCCGGUAUGACUGUGUGUUUGUUAACACAGAUGCAAGUGUUGAAGGGAUGGUGGGCAUGGAUAUAGCGCGCUUUUCGUAUCCAUGUGCCGUUGUGCGCUGGUUUGACAAAGCCAGCGACGGACCCGACCAGGACACUGGGAUGUGGAUUGUGACACCUUCGUUUGAUACUGACCAUUCUUUUUCUGUUGGAAUCAUCCAUAUUGAUUCUAUUUACCAUGCCGCACACCUCAUUCCAGUCUAUGGAGCACAAAUCAUUUCACGCGACAUCAAGCACCAUGACUCAUAUGAUGCUUUUCGAGCAUUCUAUCUGAACAAGUUCGCAGACCAUCAUGCUUUUGAGGUCGCAUCCUAG